GUCUUGUUGUGACAGCUCUGAUAUUGUUUAUUGAGGUGGAUGUCAGCUUUAAUUAGCAAUCGAUACGGGGAGCGUUUGCAGAGCGCGUCUCUGACGUCACAGCCCAUUACCGCCUCUCAUUGGGUGUCAUAUUCCCAGAGCCUGGGCUAAUUAUUGGGAGGUUCAUGUGGAUAAAGUGGGAGCUCAUCCCACCCUCCGCAUCAUGUCCUCUGGUCGCCGGCCACGCUCGCUGCAUGCUUUUUAAAUCACGGGCCUCCACGCGUCGUCUCCUUUCGCCUGCGGGAUGAUGGACAGCAGGAUACUGGAUCCACCUCACACCCAGUUCGGAGGCUCCCUCGCCGGGAUGGUGGGCUUCCCGUACCAUCUGAGCCACCAUCACGUUUACGAAUUAGCCGGGCAUCAACUCCAGUCCGCGUCCGCGGUUCCUUUCUCCAUAGACGGAUUACUUAAUGGCUCCUGCACGGCUUCAGUGGGUAAUUCCGGCGCGCUCUUGUCUUCCGGCUGCGGGAUGAAUGGAGAUAAUCAGCAGUACAAACUGACAGACUCGGGGGAUCCGGACAAAGAUAGUCCAGGCUGCAAAAGACGAAGAACUCGCACAAAUUUCACUGGAUGGCAGCUGGAGGAAUUAGAAAAGGCUUUUAAUGAGAGUCACUAUCCAGACGUAUUCAUGAGGGAGGCACUGGCUCUGCGACUGGACUUGAUAGAGUCAAGAGUUCAGGUGUGGUUUCAAAACCGCAGAGCCAAAUGGAGGAAAAAGGAGAACACAAAGAAAGGUCCUGGCCGACCUGCGCACAACGCCCACCCUACGACCUGCAGCGGGGAGCCGAUGGACCCGGAGGAGAUCGCCCGGAGAGAGCUGGAGCGGCUGGAGAAGAAGAAACGAAAGCAGGAGCGCCGGCUGCUCAAGUCCCAGAACAAGCUCAUUUCUGGGGAUUUAUUUCACACCCCGGGAUCAGACAGCGACAGCGGGGUGUCGCAUGUCACCGACAGUGACCACAACACGGGCCAGCCUUUUGACCCCGUGGGGGGAAACCAAAUGCAACCCAGCUGCGACCAAACGCACCCUCUCCAGACCCCCAACCAGAACCAAAGACACUUGGAUGCUGGCGGAUCCGAGCUGGACUCGCCUGACGCCAGCCACCGGCCGAACCUGUGCGCCAACAACAACAACAACAACAACAAUAGAGCCUCCAGCCUGCAGAAACUCAACCCCUUUAGCGUCGAAAGCCUCCUUUCGGACUCCAGACCGAGACGCAGUCCGACAGCCUUACCCUCCACGCGGCCUUUGAUAGGUAAAGGACACUUCCUGCUGUAUCCCAUCACGCAGCCGCUCGGCUUCAUCGUUCCGCAAACCGCCCUGAAGUCGUCGGGAGCGACGCACUGUGACAACCCGGCGGAGAGAAACCACACCAGCGUCCGCUGCGGCGUCUCAGCGGGAUGUAGGAGCAGCUCUCCGGACUCAGAGGAGAAAUCACCGCACACCAGCCCGUCCAGAUCCGCUUUCAGCGGCGGCAAAACCACUCAGACCUCCGUUAUUUGCAGCGAUCCCACUUUUACGCACGAACCUAGCGCGCAGGCAGCAGACGCACAGAGGAGCAAGGAGCAUUUAGAAAUAAAAGACAUAACCGACACUCCAGCAGAGACAAAUACAGACUCAAAGGAAGACGUGGAAUAAAUCAUUUUUUAAACAAAAGAGAAAUAACGACUUUUUAAAUUAGGCCAAAGCUUGAACAGAAGCAUCCACUUUUUUUUUUUUACAAUGCUCUCUCUCUCUCUCUCUCUGUUUCUCUCUCUAUCUCUCUAUGUGUGAGAGUCAAAAGUCUCUAUAUCCUUUAAUGUGUGAUAAACUGUCAAAAGAAAAAAAGAAAAACAAGACCACGAUCCCAACAAAAAUCCUCAAGAGCUGUAAAAAAAGGUAUUUAUAUAUGUAAGGUUUUUCUUAAAUAAAUCUAUUGUAUACAAGCA